GGACAGAGGCCAAAGCAGACAAGUGAAAGCUGGCGUAGAGGAUUCUCACAUAACGAGGGGAGUGUAGCUCUCAAGAUGGCACACAAGGAUAGGGAUUGUUUCUGACCCCCCUGUGUUUCCCCAGCUCUCAUUAUGGUGUGAAAAUACAGAGAAAAGAGAAGUUCUACCAAGAACUGUGAAGGAUGCAAGAUUUCCAACUUUCUGGCAGACUAACAAGCUGUCUUAUUUUAACGAAGAAAGCCUGAAGGUUCCAGGCAGGAGACUUUUGAAAAAUUGUCAGGUUUUAAAAUACUGUAAAAAAUCAUGCCAGAAAACGAGAAAGAUCCAGCUCAACCUACUACCAAUGAGGACGCACUUGAUACAGGUAAAACAUGUCUUCAAAUAAAGGAGCUCAAAGACAAAGCGAGGGCAUUAAUGCUUGCAGAAAAUGCCAGAAUGCAAGGCUUGUCAGAAUUCUUCUUUUCCAGACAUGAGGAUAAAAGGCUUUAUGAAAGUAAAUCAACAAAUACAGAAGACGUGAAUAAAGCCAUCUACUUCAGCUACCCAAGUCGGCGACAUAGUUGUACUUUGGUAAAUAUCCCUAAACCAUGUGUAAACAAAAUGAUUUCCCACAUCGAAGAUGUGGAAUCUAAAAUACAGGAGCAUUUGACACAAUUUGAAGCGUCUUUUGAAGAAUGGACUUCUGCCACAAAAGAUAAACAGGGAGGUUUGGAUGUGUCUGCUCCAGAGAAAAAAGUCCACCCAGAAAAAGGAAGGGAUGAGAAGUGUCCCGAGUUGAAGAAGAGGAUGGAGACAUUGCUAUCAGAGGCCAUCCACCUCGUUAAAAGUCUGGAAACUGACAGAGCAGAAGCAGAACAAGCUUUAAAACAACACAAAUCACGAAAGAAAAAGAUUAGCAUGAAAAUUGACUCUUGGUCCAUUUGGAAGCUCCAAGAACUCCCAUUAGCUGUACAGAAAGAACACGAGAACUUCUCCAAAAUUAAUGCAGAGCUGCAUAGCUAUCUUAAAGACAUUGCCCUUAAGGUGGAGCAUCUGCAGGAGCAGAAGGAGAGGCUGGAAAAAGCCAAUGCGAAGCUCCAGGUGGACAUAGACUACAUGGCUUCUCAUAGUGUCCUGCUGGAGAAAAAGCGCAAGCAGGAGAUAAGAUGUCUGAAAGAGCGUUACCAUAAAAAGUUUGAGGUAAUGGAAAAAUUUAGAGCAAUUCAUGAAGAGCUUAAAGAGUCUGUGGAUGAGUGUGAAGAUGCAAAAACAAAGCUUAAGAGUAUGAAAGUAGAGAAUGAGAGAGAAAUUCGAGAAGAGUUAUUAAAUGCAACGUCCUACGAGAAAGAACUAGAUAAGCUUAGCAUUCUGGAUGCCCACUAUACAACUUCAAUUGAGACUGUGAACUUGGACAUUGAAGGUGAUGAAGAAGCCAUGAGCGAGGUGCUGAGAGAAACACAGAGCACAACAAAUGAACUGGAGAAUUUAAAGAAAACAGUAGAUGAUUUGAAAAGACUGUUUGAUCAAUAUUGCUGGAGACAAAGAAAAUAUGAAAAGGAGUACCUGGAAGCACUUUCUAAUUUUUAUUCCUCAAAAAAAACAUGGGAUAUUGAGCUUUCUAAUAUUUCAAAAGACGCCAAAGAACUUACAACUGUAUGUGACGCACAGUCAGAAGAAAACAAAAGGAUUCAAUCUGAAAUUCAAGCCAUCACAGAUAACAUUGAAGAAAGGAAACUGGGAUUUGAAGAACAAAUGGCUGAAAAUUGCCCCUAUGCCCCUCCUCAUCUUUCCAAUGGAGGACACUGGGGUCUUGUGCAAAUCCAAGACCUCGAAGAGUUUGAGCAGAGGUCUGAAGGGGCCAACUUUUUGGCCAAUCUGCCUCUUUUAUAA